CACCCAUACUGCCAUAGCCAUAGGCCAUGUUAUCGUUCGGGUCUCGCCCUUGUUUAUCUACGCCACCGUACCGGUAGUGAAGAGACCUAUCCCUGCAGAUUUAGCACCUUCAAAAAUCUUUGUGGCACUUCCCAAGGUAAACUAGGGUGAGGAUACCCUCGCCUCUGCGGCUACUAAAAGAGCAUUACGCUUUCAGCUGCUGUUGAUCGAGGUAUUUGAUACGGUGAGAAGGGAGGCCGACUAGCUGAGCCGCGAACCUGUCGUUGAAGAAGAAGAGGACACGAUGGCGGAUCGUUCUGCGGUGAAUGGAGAUAGUCAGGAGGAUAACACGAACCGAGUGCAGGACGCAUCAACACAGAAACGCUUUGGACAGGGCAUGCCGCCAGCAGUUUCCACAAGCUCACCCAUGAUCAACAGAGAUCGGCGAACGAGCUUGCCGAAUGGCGACAUGGGUGGCGCACGCUGGAAUGGAGCCAAGGCUGCCGGCAACAGCACAUUUAUGCAGCGCGGCCAGCAACCGGUCGCGAGCAGCUUCGACGCAUCGCGCUACAGUCGACAAGUCGGCCAGGGCCCUGGUAGUGUUGGCGUGAAGGCCAAGCCACCCUUGCGUCGCAGUCAGAGCUCCAUGCUGCACUCGAUUGGCACUGCGGGCCGCUACAUACAACCAACAGGCACUGGUGGUGGCGGCGGAGGCACUGGUCACCGGCAAUCGUUUCAAGCCGACACGAUUGGCGCGCUAACACAGACCUACCCGGUCAGGCAGCAGAACCGCCAAGAGUCCACCAACAGCCUUUUCUCACGCGGAGCUGGCGGCGUGUCACGCUUCAUUCCCACAAGCGACACUGGCGGAGCAAAUCUAGACGAUGACGUCUUUGCCAGCAAUGGAUGGAGCCCGGCACUGCCAACGCUGCAAAUAUAUGCAAAGCAACUUCAACAUCCACGCUCUGGCAUACCGUCAAAGGAACAAAUGGUAAAAGGUGUCAAGGCCAUGGUCUUCAAUGGGUCGGAUGCAGCCGAGUGGUUCAUGCUGAGUGCGGACGGUGUCCAUCUUGCCGACCAGGCACAGGCUCUCGGCCAGAAACUGGUGGAUCUCGGCUUGAUAGCAGCUGUGAGCGAUGAUUCACCGGACUUCCGUGUGUCAUCAACGGCAUGGUUCUACUUCUGCCAUCCGUCCAAUUUCACCAAUGAUGGCGAAACAAAAGAUGGCCAGCCACAUCAAAAUGGGGAUACAGAUGAGGAUAAGAAGGGAGUUGAAGGAUCUAAAGCCUGUAUAAUACUGUAACCGAGACCUAACACAGAGUGGCGGCAAUCUACUCAUCACUCACCAUAACUAUUCUUAUAACCAGAGACCAAUAUUGGCACUGGGCGGGCUUCUUCACGGUCCCUGCAAAAAAGCCCAACGAACCGAUAUCAUUGUUUGUUUUGUUUGCCAGGUGUACAUAGUCUAGUCUAGUUGUAGUUUA